AUGAAGAAAUCAAAGAACCAGUUCAACACCAAUCUUAUCAUAAAAGAAGAUUCGAUAUUGGGAUCUCCUUGGGUUCCAAUAUUUGAAAAUGAAGUUGAAUUCGAAAAGCAUCAUUAUGAAAGUGCAAUGUCAAAUAUCAUAAAAGAACCAAAUAUUAAUUCUACAGUUAUCAUGCGAGCAGAUAUCUUGAUUGAAAACUCUUAUGGUCCUCAAGGUGAUAGGAAAUUCACCAGUAAACAUAUAGAUACUUUGCCAGAGUUCCCAGAAAGUGAAGAACCAGUUUUGUGUAGAUAUCAUCAAGAUGCAAAAUUAAGAGAUAUACCUUUAGACAAUAGUAAACUAUCAUUUAAACCCAAAUGUGAAAUCGUAAGAAGGAUUAUACCUAGAAACCCAUUCAAGGAUUACAUUAUCAAUCAAACAUCAGUCAUACUAACUAGUGGAGAAUCCAUUUUAGUGGUAUACAUUCCUCAUAUUAAAACUGAAGAUGAGAUCCCUUUCUAUUUACCUUCAGUUCUUGGAAUAGGUAUUUUGUACCAUGAAAAGAAAUUGUCCAUCCAUUAUUUACCUUUCAAUUAUGAGAACAACCAAUCCAUUUUGAAUCUUAAAAGUAUGGAUCCUAAUGAUAGAGAUAUAAGAAUAGCUCAAAGAUUAAUUCAAACAUCUACUAAACAUUCUCAAGGAACUAAGGAUGGUUAUGAAAAGAGAGUUUAUCAUGAUUUGAUUAUAUCCAAAGAAUCAUUUCAAAACAGAUAUAUCAGUCUAAAGAAGAAAUAUUCAUCUAAUUUAGUUAAUGAAUGGAAAGAAAAGACUGAUCCUAAAAAACAUGUUUUUGAAGAUUUAGCCAUUGCAGCAUUUUUAAUAGAAUUCUGGCAUUCAAGGUAUCCCAAGAAAGAUUUUGAGUUCUUGGAUGUAGGUUGUGGUAAUGGAUUAUUGGUUUAUAUUUUACACAUGGAAGGUUUUACAGGUAAAGGAAUCGAUGCAAGGAAACGUAAAUCAUGGGAUCAAUAUCCCCAACAAACCAAGGAUAAUUUAUUUGAAAAAAUCAUUAUUCCUUCAAUCUUAUUACAAGAUAAAGAUAAAUAUUUCCAAAUUCCUGAUGCUAAUGAUAAGAAUUUAAUGACAUUCCAUUCAUCAGAGAAAUUAUCAACAGCAGAUCAUGUGUUCACCACCGAUUUGCCAUCGAAUACUUUCAUAAUCGGUAAUCAUUCAGAUGAAUUAACCUGUUGGAUACCACUUUUAGGAUUCCCAUUCAUGGUAAUUCCUUGUUGUUCCCAUGCAUUAUCCGGUAUAAAGAAACGGUAUAGUCAUAGUACUUCAACUUAUGCUGCGUUAGUAGACCACGUUGAAGAAUUAACCAAAUCAAUGGGCUGGAUAGUUGAAAAAGAAUAUUUAAGAAUCCCUAGUACUAGAAAUGUAGCUAUCAUUGGAUUCAACAAACAUUCCAAAUUUAAAGAUGACACUCCCGAACAAUUCAAUAAUAAAGUUAAAGAUAUUCUACAACGAGAAGGUGGAGGCGAUGCUUGGGUAGAAAAUUCUUUAAAUCUUAUGAAAUCAUCACCUCGAGAUCAUUAA